AUGAUAAUUGCGUGGUCAUUGACUGAGAUUAUAAGAUAUUCAUUUUACGCUACUUCACUCGUUGGACGCAAAUCAAGCGUUUUGAAUUGGCUGCGAUACACGACGUUCUACGUGCUUUAUCCACUUGGCGCAGGAUCAGAGGCGACGUUGAUAGCGUCUACACUGCCUAAAGGAUUACCAAGUAAUAUAAACUGGCCAGCUUCAGAUAUUAUCAGAUCUUGGUUUUUCCUUGGGUGGUGGCCAGGCGGACGAUCAGCAACCUUGAUGGAUUUAUUAUUUAAUAGCAAUUUGAUACCACAGUCAGUAGCUAGCACUCUUCCUGCCGGCUACAGCCUCAGACCCCUUUCAUCUGCAGACUACGACAAGGGCCAUAUCAACCUCUUAAGCGUACUGAGCAAAGCAACAGAUCCAGGGCGUCAAGCGUACGUGCAAAGAUUCAAUUUCCUUAAGAGUAUCCCAGACACGUACUAUACAAUCAUUAUAACUGAUAACGCAGAUAAAGUCGUUGGUUGCGGUACCGUUUUACUGGAAAGGAAGUUUUUGAGAGGAUUAGGGGUUGUUGGACAUAUUGAGGAUAUUGCGGUUGAUAAGAACCAGCAAGGGAAGAGCUUAGGGAAGAAGAUAAUUCUUAGUCUUACGGAAAUAGCCCAAAGCCGCGGUGCAUAUAAGGUAAUACUUGACUGCUCUAAGGAGAAUAUACGUGAGUAG